CUCUCUUUGAAAAGCUUAUCUCGCAGUCUCUUAAACCCUAAUUCAAAGAUGAGACCUCCUCUAACUGGUGGACGAGGUGGUGGUGGAUUCAGUGGAGGACGUGGUGGCGGUGGGUACAGUGGUGGACGUGGUGGCUCUUCUGGAGGAAGAGGAGGUAGAGGAGGGCGUGGUUUUGGUGACCGUGGUGGACGUGCACCGGGUAGAGGCAUGAGAGGUAGAGGAGACCGUGGUGGUCGCAGAGGAGCACCCGGUGGACGUGGUGGAAUGAAGGGAGGGAGCAAGGUGAUUAUUGAGCCACACAGACAUGCUGGAGUGUUUAUUGCAAAGGGUAAAGAGGAGGCUCUUGUCACUAAGAACUUGGUUCCUGGUGAAGCUGUUUACAACGAAAAGAGAAUCUCGGUUCAGAAUGAAGAUGGAACCAAGACUGAAUACAGGGUGUGGAAUCCUUUCCGUUCCAAGUUGGCUGCUGCUAUUCUCGGUGGUGUUGAUAACAUUUACAUCAAACCUGGUGCUAAAGUUCUAUACCUUGGUGCUGCUUCUGGAACAACAGUCUCCCAUGUGUCUGACAUUGUUGGACCUGAGGGAUGUGUUUACGCCGUUGAGUUCUCUCACCGAAGUGGUAGAGAUUUGGUGAACAUGGCAAAGAAGAGAACUAAUGUUAUUCCAAUCAUUGAGGAUGCUAGACACCCUGCUAAAUACAGAAUGCUCGUAGGCAUGGUUGAUGUUGUUUUCGCUGAUGUUGCUCAGCCUGAUCAGGCUAGGAUCGUGGCUUUGAACUCGAGCUUCUUCCUCAAAACAGGAGGUCACUUUGUUAUCUCUAUCAAGGCCAACUGUAUUGACUCAACAGUUCCAGCAGAAGCAGUGUUCCAGAGUGAAGUGAAGAAGCUGCAACAGGAGCAGUUCAAGCCGGCAGAGCAAGUGACGCUUGAGCCAUUUGAGCGUGACCAUGCCUGUGUCGUCGGUACCUACCGUGCGCCCAAGAAGAACAAGGUCGCUGCGUAGAGAUUCCUUCCUUGUGUUUGAAUCUUUAGGGUUUAUUCAAGAUUCGUGUUUGUAAUCGUUUUGAACCUUAUUAGGCUUUUUUUGUGUUUGUUUAUCCAGACUUAAAACUCAUUAUCUAUUUAACUAAGAUUAUG